CUAGUUACCACGUCAGUGAGCUGACAGGGAAGGUAGCCGGCUCCACCGCCCGUUCCGGCCGACUCUUGCUGACUGAUUCUGCGGGCCUUGACUUCGGCCUCAACUCCCAGAAACGGGCUUCUUCCCUGCUCCCAUCUGCCACCAGAGCCGGGAGAGCCGCUCGGGGACGCCUUCGGGGCCUGGGCUGGACAUGAGCAGCGGCUGCCGGUCCUGGGACUAGGCCCCGCCAUUUUGGAUCCGCUGACAGUAGGUUUGCCAGGAUGGUGGAUAAAAAUAUUUACAUCAUUCAAGGGGAAAUUAGCAUUGUGGUUGGGGCCAUCAAACGAAAUGCGCGAUGGAGCACCCAUACUCCACUGGAUGAAGAACGGGAUCCUCUGCUGCAUAGUUUCAGUCAUCUAAAGGAGGUUUUAAACAAUGUAACAGAACUCUCAGAAAUUGAGCCCAAUGUGUUCCUUCGUCCAUUUCUGGAAGUAAUUCGCUCUGAAGAUACCACUGGCCCUAUCACUGGACUAGCACUCACCUCUGUCAACAAGUUCCUGUCCUAUGCGCUCAUAGAUCCCACCCAUGAGGGCACGGCAGAGGGCAUGGAGAACAUGGCAGAUGCUGUCACCCAUGCCCGUUUUGUGGGCACAGAUCCUGCCAGCGAUGAGGUUGUCCUGAUGAAAAUCCUUCAGGUACUGCGGACUCUGUUGCUGACCCCAGUAGGUGCCCAUCUAACCAAUGAAUCUGUGUGUGAGAUUAUGCAGUCUUGCUUCCGGAUCUGCUUUGAAAUGAGGCUCAGUGAGUUAUUGAGAAAAUCCGCAGAGCACACUCUCGUAGACAUGGUGCAGCUGCUCUUCACAAGGUUACCUCAGUUUAAAGAAGAACCCAAGAACUAUAUGGGGACCAACAUGAAGAAGAUUUCUCCAUGUCUCCUCAACAAACUGGAGCUAAGUAGUGGGGAGCAGACCAAAGCCCUGAACCAGUUAGAGAGGCUGAAAAUGAGAGCAGGAGGCAUGAGUGAUUCAUCUAAGUGGAAGAAACAGAAGAGAUCUCCCCGACCCCCCCGCCAUAUGACCAAAGUCACACCAGGUUCAGAACUGCCCACCCCCAGUGGAACCAGCUUAUCCUCUAACCUCACUGGUGGCAUGCCCUUCAUAGAUGUACCCACUCCCAUCUCCUCUGCAAGUUCAGAAGCUGCCUCAGCAGUGGUCAGCCCCUCUACAGACAGUGGCCUGGAGUUCUCCUCCCAGACCACCUCCAAAGAGGACCUCACUGACCUGGAGCAACCUGGCUCUCCAGGGUACAGCACAGUUGCAGAGCCUGGCAGCAGCGAGCUAGGGGUUCCUGAGCAACCUGACCCCCAGCAGGAAGGGGCCCAUGUGGAAAAGGCCCAAUCAACAUCCGUGGAAUCCAUCCCUGAAGUAUUAGAGGAGUGCACAUCUCCUGCUGACCACUCUGACUCUGCUUCUGUGCAUGACAUGGAUUACGUCAACCCCCGGGGUGUGCGCUUUACACAGUCCUCUCAGAAAGAAGGCACAGCUUUGGUCCCCUAUGGUCUUCCUUGCAUCCGUGAGCUCUUCCGAUUCCUCAUCUCCCUCACCAACCCACACGACCGCCACAACUCAGAGGUUAUGAUCCACAUGGGACUGCAUUUGCUGACAGUGGCUCUUGAGUCGGCCCCUGUAGCCCAGUGCCAAACCCUCUUGGGCCUCAUCAAGGAUGAGAUGUGCCGCCACUUAUUCCAGCUACUCAGCGUAGAGCGACUGAACCUUUAUGCUGCUUCCCUGCGCGUAUGCUUCCUGCUGUUUGAGAGCAUGCGGGAGCACCUCAAGUUCCAAUUAGAGAUGUACAUCAAAAAGCUCAUGGAUAUCAUCACUGUGGAGAACCCCAAGAUGCCUUAUGAAAUGAAGGAGAUGGCUUUGGAGGCCACUGUGCAGCUCUGGCACAUCCCCAGCUUUGUCACUGAGCUCUAUAUCAACUAUGAUUGUGACUACUACUGUUCCAACCUCUUUGAAGAUCUCACCAAGCUGCUGUCCAAGAAUUCCUUCCCUGUGUCUGGUCAGCUCUAUACAACACACCUGCUGUCUCUUGAUGCCCUGUUGACAGUGAUUGACAGCACUGAGGCCCACUGCCAAGCCAAAGUCCUCAACAACCUUACCCAGCAAGAAAAGAAAGAAGCAGCCAGACCUGGCUGUGAGGCAGUAGAUGGCACUCGAGAAGCCAACAAUACUGAGAGAGCAGCCAGCGAUGGGAAGGCUAUAGGCAUGGCCCCAGACAUCGCAGGCCUGCAUGUGCCAGGUGGAGGGCGGCUGCCAGCAGAACAUGGGAAACCAGGAUGCAGUGAUCUGGAGGAAGCUGGUGACUCUGGGGCUGACAAAAAGUUUACCCGGAAGCCACCUCGAUUUUCCUGUCUCCUGCCAGAUCCACGGGAGUUGAUUGAAAUUAAGAAUAAAAAGAAGCUGCUGAUUACUGGCACAGAGCAGUUCAACCAGAAACCAAAGAAGGGGAUCCAGUUUCUGCAAGAGAAAGGUCUCCUCACCAUCCCAAUGGACAACACAGAGGUAGCCCAGUGGCUGCGAGAGAACCCUCGGCUGGACAAGAAAAUGAUUGGAGAGUUUGUGAGUGACCGCAAAAACAUUGACCUGUUGGAGAGCUUUGUGAGCACCUUCAGCUUUCAGGGUCUGCGGCUGGAUGAAGCUCUCCGUCUCUACCUGGAAGCCUUCCGCUUGCCCGGGGAAGCACCAGUCAUCCAGAGGUUGCUAGAGGCAUUCACAGAACAUUGGAGGAAUUGUAAUGGCUCCCCAUUUGCCAAUAGCGAUGCCUGCUUUGCCCUGGCCUAUGCUGUCAUCAUGCUUAAUACUGACCAGCACAACCACAAUGUUCGCAAGCAAAAUGCACCCAUGACCCUGGAGGAGUUUCGCAAAAAUCUAAAAGGUGUGAAUGGAGGCAAGGACUUUGAGCAAGACAUUCUGGAGGACAUGUACCACGCCAUCAAGAAUGAGGAGAUUGUGAUGCCUGAGGAGCAGACAGGCCUGGUUCGGGAGAAUUAUGUAUGGAAUGUGCUGCUUCAUCGAGGUGCCACCCCAGAAGGCAUAUUCCUACGUGUGCCUGCUGGCAGCUACGAUCUUGACCUCUUCACCAUGACCUGGGGCCCCACUAUUGCUGCUCUUUCUUAUGUCUUUGACAAAAGCCUUGAGGAGACAAUCAUCCAAAAAGCCAUCUCAGGCUUCAGGAAGUGCGCCAUGAUCUCCGCCCACUAUGGCCUCAGUGAUGUGUUUGACAAUCUCAUCAUCUCUCUAUGCAAAUUCACAGCUCUCAGCAGUGAGUCCAUUGAGAACCUGCCCACUGUGUUUGGAAGCAACCCUAAAGCCCACAUUGCAGCCAAGACAGUAUUCCAUUUGGCCCAUCGUCAUGGUGACAUCCUGCGGGAGGGCUGGAAGAAUAUCAUGGAGGCCAUGCUGCAGCUCUUCCGAGCCCAACUGCUGCCCAAGGCUAUGGUGGAGGUAGAAGAUUUUGUGGAUCCCAAUGGCAAGAUCUCUCUACAACGGGAAGAGACACCAUCAAACCGAGGAGAGUCAACAGUGCUGAGCUUUGUGAGCUGGCUGACACUUAGUGGUACUGAGCAGUCUAGCGUGCGGGGCCCAUCCACUGAGAGCCAAGAGGCCAAGAGAAUGGCCUUGGACUGUAUCAAGCAAUGUGACCCAGAAAAGAUGAUCACAGAAAGCAAAUUCCUCCAGCUGGAGUCACUGCAGGAGCUCAUGAAGGCUCUGGUCUCAGUGACACCAGAUGAAGAGACCUAUGAUGAAGAGGAUGCUGCUUUCUGCCUGGAGAUGCUGCUGAGGAUUGUGCUGGAGAACAGGGACCGUGUGGGCUGUGUGUGGCAGACUGUUCGAGACCAUCUAUACCACCUAUGUGUCCAGGCACAGGACUUCUGCUUCCUUGUGGAGCGGGCAGUGGUGGGGCUGCUGCGCCUAGCCAUUAGGCUACUCCGGAGAGAAGAGAUCAGUGGCCAGGUACUGCUCUCCCUGCGCAUUUUGCUACUAAUGAAGCCCAGCGUGUUGUCCCGAGUCAGUCACCAGGUAGCCUAUGGGCUCCAUGAACUCCUUAAGACUAACGCAGCCAACAUCCACUCAAGUGAUGACUGGGCCACCCUCUUCACGCUGCUGGAGUGCAUUGGCUCAGGUGUAAAGCCUCCAGCUGCCCUGCAGGCCACAGCCAGGGCCGAUGCACCUGAUGCUGGGGCCCAAUCAGAUAGUGAACUCCCAUCCUUCCAUCAAAAUGAUGUGAGCCUGGACCGAGGGUACACUUCUGACUCGGAGGUCUACACUGACCAUGGCAGGCCUGGCAAGAUUCACCGAUCAGCCACAGAUGCUGAUGUGGUCAACAGCGGUUGGUUAGUGGUGGGGAAGGAUGACAUUGAUAACUCCAAGCCAGGGCCUGAGACCAGCUGGCCAGGUCCUUCACCCCUGGUCAAUCAGUACAGCCUAACAGUGGGGCUGGACCUCGGGCCACAUGACACCAAGUCCCUGCUCAAGUGUGUGGAGUCCCUGUCCUUCAUCGUGCGUGACGCUGCCCACAUCACACCUGACAACUUUGAGCUCUGUGUCAAGACUCUCCGCAUCUUUGUGGAGGCCAGUCUGAAUGGCGGGUGCAAGUCCCAGGAGAAACGUGGCAAGAGUCACAAGUAUGACAGCAAAGGGAACCGCUUCAAGAAGAAAUCCAAGGAAGGCUCAAUGCUUCGGCGGCCUCGAACCUCCAGCCAACAUGCCACGCGGGGUGGGCAUAGUGAUGACGAUGAGGACGAAGGUGUGCCUGCCAGCUACCAUACGGUGUCUUUACAGGUCAGUCAGGACUUGCUAGACCUGAUGCACACCCUACACACAAGGGCAGCCUCUAUCUACAGCUCAUGGGCGGAGGAGCAGCGCCACCUGGACGCAGGAGGCCGGAAGAUCGAAGCGGAUUCACGCACCCUCUGGGCCCACUGUUGGUGCCCUUUACUUCAGGGCAUUGCCUGCCUGUGCUGUGAUGCCCGGCGCCAGGUGCGGAUGCAGGCACUGACCUAUCUGCAGCGAGCACUACUGGUACAUGAUCUGCAAAAGUUAGAUGCCCUGGAAUGGGAGUCCUGUUUUAACAAGGUGCUGUUUCCUCUACUGACCAAGCUCUUGGAAAACAUCAGCCCUGCAGAUGUGGGCGGGAUGGAGGAGACCCGGAUGAGGGCUUCCACCCUGCUCUCUAAGGUCUUCCUGCAGCACCUGUCUCCACUGCUGUCGCUCUCUACCUUUGCGGCCCUCUGGCUGACCAUCCUGGAUUUCAUGGACAAGUACAUGCAUGCAGGCUCCAGUGACUUACUGUCAGAGGCCAUCCCUGAGUCUCUGAAGAACAUGCUCCUGGUGAUGGACACAGCAGAGAUUUUCCACAGUGCGGAUGCCCGAGGAGGCAGCCCCUCAGCCCUCUGGGAGAUCACCUGGGAGCGCAUUGACUGUUUCCUGCCCCACCUACGAGAUGAGCUCUUCAAGCAGACUGUCAUCCAGGACCCUGUGCCCAUGGAGCCUCAUGCCCCAAAACCUCUGGCCUCAGCCCACCUGACUCCUGCUGCUGGUGACACCAGGACACCUGGCCAUCCACCUCCCCCAGAGAUGCCCUCUGAGCUGGGGACCUGUGACUUUGAGAAGCCCGAGGGCCCCCGACCUGCCAACAGCAGCUCCUCUGGAUCACCAGUGGCAUCCAGCCCCAGCAGACUGAGCCCUACCCCGGAUGGGCCUCCACCCCUGGCUCAGCCCCCACUGAUCCUGCAGCCCUUGGCCUCCCCACUGCAGGUGGGCGUGCCCCCCAUGACUCUGCCUAUCAUACUCAACCCCGCUCUCAUCGAGGCCACCUCACCUGUGCCCCUCCUGGCCACACCCCGCCCCACAGACCCCCUGCCCACCUCUGAGGUCAACUAAGGCAGGGCCCUCAGCGAUCAGGACCAGUACUUCCUACCAGGCUGUCCCUGGCCCACCUCUCAGCUGUCCCAGGGGCCACAAAUUCUUCAGUCCCAGCCCAAGCUGCUAUUACUGCUACUUGGAUGGGGACCUGAAAAAGAACUUUUAUAGCCCCUCCUGGGACCCACAGUCAGUCUGUGGGACCUUCCUCCUCUGCUCUCCAUUCCUGGGAGUCCAACCUGAGAGCACACUCAGGUAUCACCUGCAGCCUGGCAGCUCGGGGAGGCAUCACUGUACCAACCCUGCAGUGCCCGCCCUUGUGCUCCUCCUGCCCGUGGUCAGGCAUCGAGAGCCAAGCCAAUCACUCUGCACUUUGUUUCCCUCUCCGAACCCCACUCCCAUCAGCCCUGGGCCACCUCCUCUAGUUCUUCCUCUUUUAUUAAUUAGUUGGUCAGUUUGGAGAGUUGAUUGGCACCAUGGAGGGUGGACAGGUGGGGCUGGACAGAGGGACUGCCCACAGGAGCAUGUACAUAUGGAAAAACAGGACAACAAUGGAUUUUUUAUGAUGUAAUAAAUGUCUUAGUACCAACAUCA